AUGCUUAUUGAGAAAAAGAGCUUGUUCCAGCGGGCCAAGCCCUUCACACUACAUUGCUCACUUUUGAUGCUUGUACUCGCCUACGCCUUUUUUGGCGGAUUCGUCUUCAAUCGUAUUGAAAGCGAAGCGCAUCAGAAGAUGAAACGAGAUGAAAGGAUCAGUCGGACGAAAUGUGUAUCAGCGGUGAGUUUACUGUUUCAAAAAAUACCUUAGCUUCACAUCAAUAAUCAAGACAUCCGAAAUGCAAAGGUUGGGGGUUGAGAGUUUGAUGAAACUUUCUUGAUAAUUUUUUUAGAGCGGUAUGAUUUUUCAAAAAAACUUAAAAACCUGCCCAUUAUGUUUGUUUGACCACUUUAUAUCAAUGAAUCAAUAUUAUAGCAUCCGAAAUGCAGCUUGAUGAAAUCUAGGAGGAAAAAUUUAAACUCAAAAAUGUGUGGUGAUGUUUAUUUCAUUUGAAACCUUAAGAUUCCUAGUGAUAAUAUCAAAAACUUACUCAACUAAGGAUUGAAUGAACACUUUCUAUUUUUCUAGAUCCUUUUAUUGAAUUAUAGAGCUCCUUCAAAGUUGAAAAUUGUAAUCUUUUAGGCUCAAAAAAAUAUUCAAAUAAUUCUCUUCUUUUUCAAAGUAUUUUUUUAGUUAUAGUUUCCAACUUUCGUUCGCAUAAAAACUCAAACUUUCAGGUUCUCUUGCGAUAUCGAACUUGGUCAAGUAACAAUUCACAUCACAAUAAUCUUGCUGAAAAAGUAGCGGAUUGUUUUGAAACCGAGAAGUUAACCAUUUACCAAAAUUUAAUUUACAUGGAAAUAUUACAGAGAUGAGAGAAGUGAGUGGAAUUUUGUCACAGCAACUCUUUAUGGAUUUGGCAUCGUUACUACUCUCGGUAAGAAAUUCAUUACUCAUGGUGAUGCGAAAAAUAGAAGUCUGAAUUGAUCUCAAUUUCAGUACAAAAAAAUCUUCUGCGAAAAAAAUCAUCUUAUACUUGACAUUACUUUUCAUUUAAGUAUUCAAAUAAAAAAAGUAAUCACAAUCUUCAAAAAUUUUGAUUAGAAGGACAUUUCAAAAACUUGAUAUUCUAAAUACUGCCCGAAACGCUAGAAAUUCAAAAGAGGUGGUACUCAAAAACUAAGGGACUUUUUAGAUUAAAGAAUACACUUACCAAAAAUUUAUGCGCAAUUAGGAAAAAAUUUAGAGUGGGAAAACGAAAUAAACCAUGAAAAAAAUGAAGGAAUUUCCUUUCUCUGACAAGGGAGAUCAUUUCAAUUUGCCGUUGGAAUUUUCCUGAAAGUUGGCCAGAGCGUACCAGAAAAAGAUCCCAAAAGUCAAAGGAAACCCUCAAAAUUCAUGAAAAUAGGUUAUUUUGGGGCUUUGAGCCCUUUUUCGGGAAAACUAAGAAGUUGUACAGGUUGGGACUUUUCUCAUCCUUCGAAAUUUUCAGAACCUUUUUUAUCAUUUUUAGGUUACAACAGAAUCGCACCGAUAACUUACACGGGUCGGAUGUUUUGUAUAGUAUACGGCAUCUGUGGAAUACCGGUCACUAUGAUUAUCAUAGCUAACGUGGGACAGUACCUGAAUAACUUCGCUGGGGAUUCUCGAAGAAGAGUGAGAGUUUCACAAAAAUCAGAAAUGAUCUUUCGGGUUCAGAUUGAAGCUUACCGCCAGCAGAGAAGAAUGUCCAAAGCGUCCUUGACGGGCAAAGUUUACAAGGUCUCAAGCUUUUUUGACCAUUUUUAGAUUUUUUGUUACAGGAAUCAUCAAUACAAGUAACUUCAUUAGUCCUUUUGUGCGCUUUCCUGGUAUAUGUAACUGUAGGAGCUCUUCUCUUGCCUGCUCUAAACGGAGAGGUAAUAAAAGAAAAGGUGAACGUGAUUUUCCUUUCUUUAUCAGGUGGACUUUUUCAAUGGGCUUUACUUCAAUUUUUUGUGCUUGACAGCUAUUGAUUUUGGUCAGUUGGUACCAAUCAGGUUGGUUUUUUUGAUUGAGAGCAUUCCACAAAGAUUUUCCAGAGUCGAAUUUUUACCGAUCACGUUUGUCUACGUUUGCAUUGGAUUGGCUAUUACCACUAUCGCAAUUAGUAAUCUCUCAGUUCAAGUUUAUCAUGAUGUUGUUUUUUCUCAGAUAUUGGAUCGGAGUACAUGAAAAAACUUCACUACUGGGGCAAGAAAAUGAAAAACGCUGCGCAGACGAAAAUAUGGUUCGGCGGAAAAACGUAAGAAAAUUGAUGAGAAAAAGAAAAAAUACUUUCUCAAAAUUCAGAUUGAAGGUGCGAGAUCUUCUGCAUGCUGUAGGCAAGAAAUGCGGAGUUGAACCAAGUGUCAUUGACGCUCUUGAUCUGGAAAAUGUGGUUGAGAGAACCAUUGCAAUGCAGGUUUGAACAAAAACCAUUUUUCAGAUUGAAAAUGAGGUUUUCAAUUGUUCAGGAAGGGAGAACUCCACCCGACGACGUCAACGAGGAGCCUCCUUCUCCGCGUUCUGUAAUCCACUCUCCAUGUUCCGCUCGUAAGAUUUCGAAGCCUCCUCCAUCUCCACGGUCUCCGGAUAACGAGAAGCAGCUAUUUACACGGUAUGGGUACCAACUUAUUUCUUGGGUAUGGUUUUUUACAAUAAACUUUUUUGGUUAGUUCGGAAGGCUCUUUGGAUUUUGAAAAGGAAAGAACUAUGUCAUUUCUUUUUUGCAUUAUCUAACCGUUCGAAUUAGACCAGUUACUUUAAGCGUUUUUAAAAGAACCCUAUAGGGACCCCUAAGAAUUUUUGAUAGAAUGGGGUCCACUCAAGCAUUAGAAUUUAAAGGGUCAGGCCCUAAACCCCUAUAAGGACCACUUUUUCGGACUCUAUCAGGGCUUUUUCCCCCUAACCCCUAUAGGGGCCACUCUGGGAUUCCUGAGGUAGCAUUUUAAUUUUUCUUUCAAAAUUUAUAUGAUGAACUAGAAUAUUUGAACAACAAACCAUUGUUCUUCUUCAGACCAAGUGUAAAAAAAGUGUCGAGGCCUGAGCUGAUAAUAAAGAAGCCAGUGUUUGCCACUCUUUCAAACGAACAUCAAGUGCAAUCGGCACAAGAAAAGGCGAGACUGAGAAAUUUUAUCGUUUAUAACAACUUUUUCAGCACUUCACUCCUUUCGAUUUUUGCCAGCUAGAAAUCAAUCCAGAAACAGUUGUUGAAGAUGUUUGUGAAGGAGUCGUCAUCAUCGAACCACCGCGAGCGUUGGAAGAUAUUAUGGUGACUUAUUCUUACUGUGCUAGAAAAAUGUGACAGUUUAGGUCCAACCUUUAUCUCCACUUCAGCUUCGCGGCCGCUCUCCUAGUAUAGGGAAAGACGAGAAAAGUUUGUAGCCUUAUAAUUAUUGAACUUUUUUCCGGUUGCAGUCCCUAAAUGCUUCAAAGAGAAAAAAGAAAUGUACGGCCGGGACCCUCGCAAAUUGUAUGAAACGUAUCAAGAAGAAUGGGAGCGACUUGAACGAAUAUCCGAUAGGAAAUAUCUUCCUAUUUCAGGGUGAAUUCUCAUAUUUAUAUCUUUUCUUACUCAAUUAUUUUCAGGCAUGGUUCUCGUCGAAGAUCCGUAUUGAAUUUGGCUCACAUGUCUCCAGAAAGAGGCGAAAGCUCGUCUCCACUGCCGCCUUUCAACCAUUCAGAAAAUGAAAAUUAG